CGCUCUGACUCCAGCUUGCAUCAUUUCUCGUGUCUUGUCAGCCGGGUUCGGACAGCAUACGCAAUGGUGGAGCGGGUUCCUGAAAACAUUAACUUUCCCUCUGAAGAGGAGAAGAUUAUAAACUUUUGGAAUGAAAAGGACUGCUUCCAGGAAUGCCUCAAACAGUCCAAGAACAGACCCAGGUACACCUUCUACGAUGGACCUCCCUUUGCCACUGGUCUACCCCACUAUGGUCACAUCUUAGCUGGUACCAUCAAGGACAUUGUUACUCGCUUCUACCACCAGAGUGGCUUCUAUGUGGACCGGCGCUUUGGAUGGGACUGUCAUGGCCUACCUGUGGAGUAUGAGAUUGAUAAGACUUUGGGGAUCAAAGGACCAGAAGAUGUGGCCAAAAUGGGCAUUGCUGAGUACAACAAGCAAUGCCGAAGCAUUGUAAUGAGAUACUCCAACGAGUGGGAGGCUUCAGUAAAGCGAAUGGGACGAUGGAUUGACUUCCAAAAUGACUACAAGACCCUUUACCCAUGGUUCAUGGAGACUGUCUGGUGGGUUUUUAAACAGCUGUAUGACAAGGGUCUGGUGUACCGAGGUGUCAAAGUUAUGCCUUUCUCCACUGCCUGCAACACCCCCUUGUCCAACUUUGAGGCCAAUCAGAACUACAAGGAUGUUCAGGACCCCUCAGUGAUUGUCAACUUCCCACUGGUUGAGAAUGAGGAUGUUGCUUUGAUUGCCUGGACAACCACACCAUGGACACUGCCGAGCAACCUGGCCCUGUGUGUGAACCCAGAAUUACUUUAUGUCAAGGUCAAAGAUAAUACCACACACAAGACCUACAUCAUGAUGGAGGCCAGACUGGGGGCUCUGUUUAAGUCAGAGAGCGAGUACACUAUCCUUGACAAAUUUCCUGGUAAGACACUGAAAGGGAAAAAAUACAAGCCUCUUUUCCAGUACUUUGCAAAGUGUUCAGAGAAAGGAGCUUUCCAGGUUUUGACGGAUAACUAUGUCAAAGAGGAAGAGGGCACCGGAGUGGUCCACCAGGCACCUUAUUUUGGAGCUGAUGAUUAUAGGGUGUGCACUGAAUACAACAUCAUCCAGAAGGACCAGGCUCCUAUCUGCCCUGUGGACGCCUCGGGCUGCUUCACUUCAGAGGUCACUGACUUUGUGGGACAGUAUGUCAAAGAUGCUGACAAAAAUAUCAUCAAGUGGCUGAAGGAGAACAGUCGCCUCGUCAAUGCCAGCUCCUACAAACAUAAUUACCCCUUCUGCUGGAGAUCUGACACACCACUCAUCUACAAAGCCGUCCCCAGCUGGUUUGUCCGAGUGGAGCACAUGGUGGAGAAUCUACUGGACAACAAUGGAAAAUGCUAUUGGGUUCCAGAGUUUGUGCGUGAGAAGCGUUUCGGCAACUGGCUGAGAGAUGCACGCGACUGGGCAAUUUCAAGGAACCGUUACUGGGGCACACCAAUCCCCAUCUGGGUCAGCGAUGACUUUGAGGAGGUGGUUUGCAUUGGAUCCAUGGCCGAACUAGAAGAGCUGACUGGAAUCAAAGUGACUGAUUUGCAUCGGGAAAACAUCGACGAUCUGACAAUCCCCUCACGGCGUGGUAAGGGCGUGCUGCGGAGGAUCACAGAAGUGUUUGACUGCUGGUUCGAGAGUGGGAGUAUGCCUUACGCUCAGGUUCACUACCCCUUUGAAAACAGGAAGGAGUUUGAGGACAGUUUCCCAGCAGACUUCAUUGCUGAAGGCAUUGACCAGACCAGAGGAUGGUUCUACACACUGUUGGUGCUCUCCACAGCCCUGUUUGGGAAACCACCCUUCAAAAAUGUCAUUGUUAAUGGACUGGUGCUUGCCAGCGAUGGACAGAAGAUGAGCAAGCGCAAGAAGAACUACCCAGAUCCUGGACUGAUAGUGCAGAGCUAUGGAGCUGAUGCCCUCAGACUGUACCUCAUCAACUCUCCUGUAGUGAGAGCAGAGAACCUGCGUUUCAAAGAGGAGGGUGUGCGAGAUGUGCUAAAGGAUGUCUUCCUGCCGUGGUAUAAUGCCUAUCGCUUCCUGGUGCAGAAUGUUCAAAGGUUACAGAAGGAGGAGAAUAUUCACUUCCUGUACAAUGAAAACACAGCAAAGAAGAGCGACAAUAUCAUGGACAAAUGGAUUCAGUCAUUCACGCAGUCCCUCAUACAGUUCUUCAAGGCUGAGAUGAAAGCUUACCGCCUGUACACCGUUGUGCCUCGUUUGGUCAAGUUUGUUGACAUGCUCACCAACUGGUACGUCAGGACCAAUAGACGCCGCCUGAAGGGCGAGAGUGGCACUGAGGACUGCUUGUGGGCGCUGGAAACCCUCUUCAGUGUUCUGUUCUCCAUGUGCAGGCUGAUGGCUCCUUUCACACCCUUCAUUACCGAGAUGAUGUACCAAAAUCUGCGUCACCUCAUUGACCCUGCUUCUGUCGAAGAGAAGGACAACAGCAGCAUCCACUAUCUCAUGCUGCCUCAAGUCAGGGAGAAUGUGAUUGACAAGCGCAUUGAAGGCGCCGUCUCUCGGAUGCAGUCUGUGAUUGAGCUGGGCAGAGUGAUCAGAGACAGGAAGACCCUGCCUGUCAAGUACCCAUUGAAGGAGGUUGUAGUCAUCCACCAGGACCCAGAGGCUCUGAAGGACAUUGAGUCACUGCAGAAAUACAUACUUGAAGAGCUUAAUGUGCGACAGUUGACACUUUCAACAGACAAGGACAAGUAUGGUAUCCGCCUGAGAGCCGAGCCAGACCACAUGGUGCUGGGCAAGAGAUUAAAGGGGGCCUUCAAAGCCGUCACUGCUUCUAUCAAGGAGCUCACGAGUGAACAGCUUGAAGCCUUCCAGAAGAAAGGCUCCAUAGUGGUGGAUGGUCAUGAGCUCCAUGAGGAGGACCUGAGGCUGAUGUACACGUUUGAUCAGAGCUCAGGCUCUGCACAAUAUGAAGCACACUCUGAUGCACAGGUCCUGGUGCUGUUGGAUGUCACCCCAGAUCAGUCUAUGGUGGAUGAAGGCGUUGCCAGAGAGGUCAUCAACCGCAUUCAGAAACUACGCAAGAAGGGGCAUUUGGUGCCAUCAGAUGAGAUAACGGUGUACUACCGCUCCCAGCCAGAGGGGGAGUACUUGGACUCUGUGAUCAAGGCUCACACUGACUUCAUCCUGGCUACCACAAAGGCUCCACUUUUCCCCUUCCCUGUCCCAAAAACUGCCAGCGUCAUCAUAGAUGAAAAGACCCAGCUGAAGGGUUCAGACCUGGAGUUAACCAUAGUAAAGGGAUCUUCGGCCCCUCGGGCUCCUCUAAAUGGACCAGCUUGCACAUAUGUCAACCUCCAGGUGAAGGUCAACAACAAAGAACAAGAGGGUGUAGUGCUGUUGGAGAAUCCCAAAGGGGAUAACAGGCUAGACUUGGACAAGCUGAAAAGAGCGUGCAGCAGCAUCUUUGGAACCAAUAACACACAGCUCAAAUUCUUCAGUGACGGAACUGAGCUGACCAGCAAAACGGACGUGCAGACUCUGACUGGUAAAACUUUGUCAGUGACUGCGGGAACUGCGUCACCUGGCCCCGCCCCCUCCACCGACACCAUCGCGUGUCCUUAUGUAAACCUUCUACUAUGCAACGCUCAGCCAGCUGAGUGCCAAUCAGGAGACGUGGGUACCCUCCUACUGGUCAACCCAGUAGGCCAGAAUCGGCUUAACCACGAAGGCUUGCUCUCUGAGACUGCCAAAGUUUUUGGCCUCCGCAGCAGGCGGCUCAAACUCUACCUGGAUGAGGACCUUACCCAGGAGCUGCCAGCUGAUUCUUCAGUCAAAUCUCUUGACACCAAAACUCUGUUUGUGAGAGUUCUUCCUACGACCGCUGAGGCAUAAAUCCACAAACCACCUGAAGAGCUUUUGUCUCUGACAGACCACAUGUUCCCUAAAUGAAGGUUUCUACCACUCAAUAGCCCGAUUGAUGUACGAUGGAGUAGCAUGGAGUAGCUUCAUAUGUUUAUGAUGCUUUUUGAAUGCAGAUCAGGGGUUGUCUGUCAAAUUCAGAACUGUUAAAAUGCAGAGUCACAAACAGAAAAGUCUUUGUGUAACAUAAACUCAGAUGGAAAAAAAAAAGAACGUUUUGGGAUGUCUUUGUAUUUAAAU